AUGGAGGAAACAAAAUUACCCUCACUCAACUUCAACGGUCGUGACUUCGACUCGCUCAUAGGGGAUGUCAAAUCAGGAGAUGACACUAGUGAUUUGUCAGAGAUAUCGAUCGAGGCUCCCUUCAAGUUCUCCGAAGUGACUACAUCUUCACCUCCAAACCAGAACUUAUCCAGCGAUGUCUAUGAUCCUUUCUCUACACCUGAUCAGGGCAAGACCAGGAAGGAUGGAAGAGAGGAAGUCAAAGUCAGAGUCUCGUCAAAGGAAGAAGAAAGACCAGAUGCGAUCAUGGUGCCCAAGAUGAAGGACACCUUAGAAAUGAAACGCUUGAACAGCCCUGAUGGAAAGGGGCCAAACUUCGAGUCUUCUGGUGUUUCCGAGAUCCCGGAAGAUGCCAAUUUCGGAGAGAUAAACAUGAUCAACCAGAGGGAAAUAACCCCAUCUGAGCUGCAAUACCAUUCUCCUUCAGCUCCGCGAGUCACCGUCUCAGUCUCACCGAAAACUGGAUUGGCUGAAAUUAGUGAAGUGGACAUGAAAGACCCUCGGAAUGGGGAAUUAACAACAUUUUUCAGUCCACAAGACAAUAAGCUAUUUGGUUUCUGGUCUCUCAGUCAGAAUAAGAAGCCUUUCCCUGAGACUCUAUGGCCUGAGGUGCACAAGUAUGAAAUGCAACCCACGAGCUCCCAGCUUCCAUUCCACCGGUAUCUAUCUCACACGAAUUAUGGAGAUAGCCAAGUAUUUGACGAAGAUGGGGAUGAGCACUUCUAUGUCACAUAUCAGAUGGUUACAGGACAAGACAGCAUCUCCAGAAGGCGCAAAAUACAAACUUAUUACAUAUGUGUCGUGUUCUUUGAGAAUGGACCACCGAAGUUUGUCAAAGAUGUUCCCAAGGCUACAUGUUUCCAAAAGAGGAUACGCGAAAAUCAAUGGUAUCAUGAACUUGGAGGAUCUGUGGAUGGAAAGUAUCUUGUUGCAUGGUCGAGUGAGAGGGGAUGCUUUGAGAAACGCAUAUGUGCUGUGCGAGUUUGGAAUUCACUAGGCACACGGCUUUCUUUUGACAAACGGAUGUUUGAUCAUGCUGCGAAAAUUUCCAAGGAAUCGAGGAUCUCUCCAUGUGAUGAAAACUCUGUCCACACUGAUGAAAAAUCGCGCAAAAGAUCCUCGACUUCUGUGGUUACAAAAUCCAACGGAAAGGCCGCGGUCAAUUUCGAGUUGUCUCCCAGCCUGGCUCUGCAUCCUAGCAAGAAGAUUAAAAUGGAACAGUAUGCUGAUGAAAUUUCCCCAUUUUCGAAGCCAACUGCAACCCUCCUAUUCGGUGAACCAGAAAUCAAGUUCAAAUUCAUUUCUGAAACUUCAAACUCUGUUCGGGUGAUCAAGGUGCACGGCAACGAUAUUGAAUCUGUCUUCAAGAAGGCCAGGGAAUUCUACAAGGAGAUGGACCUUCCCAGUGAGCUGGCUCUCCUAUGUAAAGUUCCUGGUAUGGAGGGCCAACGUUUCAUUGGGGAAGGUUGUCAGGAUGAGCUUGAUUCGCUGUGUGACGAUAUCAAGCAGCUUUCCCUGGGGAAGGAGAAAUUUUUCACUGUCAAUGUGACUCCUGCUGGAGUGCAGUGA